AUGCGAGCAGUUACCGUCGGAAUCAUCUCUAUCGGAGACAUGGGGCUAGGGAUGUCAAGGCUGUUAAAAGCCCAUGGCUAUCGAGUAGUCACCUCGGUGGAAGGAAGAAGUGAACACACACUUUCCCGGGUCCGCGCGGCAGAUAUUGAGCCAUUGUCUGACCAGGAACUCGUCGUUCAGACAGAUUACGUGUUGUCUAUCGUGCCUCCUCGAGAUGCCCUGGCGACAGCGGAACGAAUUACGAGGUCCUGCAGGGAAGCAGAUACAGCAACGAAACGCAAUGCAAUUGAAAGGGUAAAUGGUGGGUCAAGUCGGGGGCCAUUGUACUAUCUAGAACUCAACGCCACAUCUCCCCGAUUGGUGGAGGAGAUCGCAGCGAUGUUUGAUACCGAAUCCUUCGUUCCUUGUCAAUUCCUGGACGGCGGGAUCAUUGGAGGCCCGCCAUCUCAAACUCUACAGGAAUGGAAGAAACCUAGUGUAGUACUUUCAGGCACGGUGGAUCUUCCCCCCACAUUUUCACAGCUGACUGAGGUUCUAAAUCUCAAGCUGGUCUCGCCGCGUAUUGGUGCGGCGUCUACACUCAAGCUUUCCUUUGCCGCCCUCACCAAAGGACUAACGGCGUUGUCUAUCUUGUCAUUCUCAACAGCUCAGAAGCAAGAUUUGCUGCCUGAGCUACUGGAACAUCUCCAGCAAUACUCGCCCCAUACAGCGGCACUCGCCAGUGCUGGCGUGAUCGGGAUGAGUCCUAAAGCAUACCGAUGGGUGGAUGAGAUGCGGGGAAUUGGUGAAGCUAUUGAUCGUGAAGGUGCAUGGGGUGGUUUAGGAUCCAGUGUAUAUGGAGGAUUUGCAGAUGUCUAUCGCAGUGUAUCAGAUGAUACAGUCCUUGGACUAGAACGCGUGGAGGCAAGAAGCCGUGGUAAGACAGUCGAGGAUGCAGCUAACAUAAUAGCGGAAUCUAAGAAGUAG